AUGUUCAGAUACUCCUCACGUUUGAUAAGCUCAGGGUUGGCCAGAGCUGGCACCAGACCCUGGGCCACGGUUCCCACCAUACUGAUUGCCCGGUCUUUCCACCAAAACAGGCCGUUGCUCCACGGACAUUUGCACAAGCCCAAACCUGGCGAAGAGCUCCACUGCACCAUCAUCACCAAGGACGGUAAGCAAUUCACCUACGAGGUGGCUGAGGGCGACAAUAUCUUGGACAUCGCCCAGGCCCACAACUUGGAUAUGGAGGGUGCCUGUGGGGGCUCGUGUGCCUGCUCGACCUGCCAUGUUGUUGUGGAUCCCGAGUUCUACGACGAGAUACCCGAGCCGGAUGAUGACGAAAACGACAUGUUGGACUUGGCGUUCGGGUUGACUGAGACCUCCAGAUUGGGGUGCCAGAUCAUCAUGACCAAGAAACUAGACGGGAUCAGAGUGGCAUUGCCUGCCAUGACCAGAAAUCUCCAGUCCAAGGAUUUCAGCUGA